GCGGCCGGCCGGCGAGUGCGCGCGCUCCGCGCCGUGCGGCAGGACGCGACAUGGCCAAGCCGCAGGUGAACGGCGGCCGCUUCGACUUCGACGACGGCGGCACGUACUGCGGCGGCUGGGACGACGGCAAGGCACACGGCCACGGCGUCUGCACGGGGCCCAAGGCGCAGGGCGAGUACUCCGGCUCCUGGCACUACGGCUUCGAGGUGUCGGGCGUGUAUACGUGGCCCAGCGGGAGCACGUACGAGGGCCACUGGCAGAACGGACGCCGACACGGCCUGGGUGUAGAGACGCGCGGCCGGUGGCUGUACCGGGGCGAGUGGACGCAGGGCUUCAAGGGCCGCUACGGUGUGCGCCAGUCCACCACCUCGUCCGCCAAGUAUGAGGGCACCUGGGCUAACGGUCUGCAGGACGGCUACGGCUCUGAGACGUACGCCGACGCAGGCACGUACCAGGGCCAGUGGCAGCGCGGCUUCCGGCACGGCUACGGCGUGCGCACGUCGUCGUCGUUCGGCGCUGCCUCGUCGUCCAAGAGCAAGGCGCACCACCAGUCGUCGGCGUCGCUGCGCAGCGAGGGUGCCGGCGAGCCGACGGCCGAGCGCGACCGGCGCAUGGCCGACACGCGCGGAGGGUUCGUCCUGAAGGCGCGCUCCGACGAGCCGCCGCCGCGCCGCGGCUCGCUCGUCGAGAAGAGCACUACGCUGAGGAAGAACAUACUGCAGGGUCUCCGACUGCGGAAGCAGCGCAGCACGGGAGACCUCGAGAAGCGCGGCACCGGCAGCAGCAUCCGCUCCACCAACAGCAGCGUCUCCUGGAUGAGCACCGACUCGAGCAAGUCGCACAUGACCAACGGCAGCUUCCACACUGAGUCCAACGGCAGCUUCGUGGUUGAGGACGAGCAGAUGGACAGCAACACCACCGAAACGUACAUGGGCGAGUGGAAGAACGACCGACGCGUUGGCUACGGCGUGUGCGAGCGAUCCGACGGCCUCAAGUACGAGGGCGAGUGGUACAACAACAAGAAGUACGGCUACGGCGUCACCACCUUCCGCGACGGCACCAAGGAGGAGGGCAAGUACAAGAACAACGUCAUCAUCACGUCCAACAAGAAGAAGCACCUGUUCCUCAUCCGCUCGGCCAAGUUUCGGGAGCGGAUCGAGGCGGCCGUGAAUGCCGCCAACCGCGCCUCCAAGAUCGCCCUGCAGAAGGCUGACAUUGCUAUAUCCAGGACAGCGACGGCGCGAGGCAAGGCGGAGCAGGCGGACAUCGCGGCCCUGCACUCCCGGGAAGACUCCGACAUCGCCCGCAUACACGCCAAACAGUUCGCUCCCGAUUUCCACCAGCCAGGCUCGGACGUGGUGCGCUCGCGGCUGGAGGCGCGCGGCGGUGCCGCCAACAUGAACACGCUCGGCCCGCCCAAGGCGCGCGACGAGAGCUCGUCGCACCAGCGCUCGCGCUCGCUGUACGUGCGGCCGCGCGGCGAGGAGGCGCCGCCGCCGAACGGCCUGCCGCCGGGCAUGCCGACUACGCUGGAUGGCGACGACAGCGAGCUGGAGCUGGCGGUGCCGGUGCGGCCUGCCGAGCCGGUGACUGUGGGGCCGCCGGCGCCGGCCGCCGCCGAGCCUGUCCUCACGCAGAACACGGCACGGCUCGUGUCCGGGCCGCCCGCCGCCGCCACCGCCCGUGAACGGCGCGCCGGCGGCUACCAGACCGCCAUGAACGACCACUUCGACCACUACCGACGGGCGCCGAGCCGCGACAGCUCGGUGGACCGGUUCUGCCGGUCGGCGCGACAGACGCCGCAGCCGGAGCCGGCACGGCCGCCGGCCGAGCUGGCAGCGCGCGUGCGCUCGCCGUCGCGGCCGCGCCAGCUCGAGCGACCGCCGGACGAACCGCCGGGGGAGGAGGCGGAGCCGGCGGCCGGCGGCCGGCGCCAGACGCUGCCCAACCUGGCCGACGACACCGAGGUGGGCGGCCUCUUCAUCCCGAGCACGGCCGAGGAGGCGGCGCGCAUGCUGGCGCCACCGCCGGCCGGCGGUGUCAAGCGCACCGAGAGCACAGUCAUCGCAGGCCCUCAGGGACGCCGCGGCGGCACGCCGGCGCUGGGGCCGACCUCCCUGCAGCGGAAGAAGUCGCUGCCGGACGCGUCGGCGCUGCCAGUCAAGGCGCGCGUCAUGCCGCGAGAGGAGGCCAACUUCCUGGCGGCCAACCGGCGUGAGGACGUGCGCCGCCAGGCGGCCGAGGCCGACAUGUAUCGCGCCAACCCGCUCCUCUACGUGGUCAAUCCCAAGGUCAAGGACUGGCUGUCCAGGCAGCGACUCAUCAUGGCCGUGAUCAUACUCAACGUGUCGUUGGCCUUACUGUUUCUGAAGCUGCUAACGUAGCGACGCGAACACGACGGCGGGCGUGUGUUCUGCUGACGCGCGUCGUCACACGCCCGCUGAUUGGCUCACCAAGCGACCAAUCCGUGCCUUCCCUCUAUGCGAAGCCAAGCCUUCUCAUGGACCGGCGGAAGGAGUGACGCAACGAGAACGACGGAGCGUUUUCACGCAGGUUCAAGGACCUCGAUGAUGUGCCUUCGAACUUGUUUUUAAUGCGCUAAAUUAGUGUUUAUCAGCUUAGACCGGGACUUGUGGAUUUCCCCGUUGUAUUGUUACUGAUCGAAUCAAACAAGUGGUGGUGCGUGGCCGAGUCCACAGAGUGACUGCGGCGGAGAGAAGUCCGCCGGACUCAUCGACCUUCUCGCGCCGAGCCGCUGAGGCGCCCGAGUGCGUCCGUUCUGCUCUCCUCCCCCAUUUACCCCCUCCCUUUCUCUUUCUCUCCGUCUCUCUGACCCCGCUUACGCCGUCAGGCAGGCGAGACGCUCGCCGCGCAUUCUCCCUGCCGUGAGCCAACUCACUCCGCACCGUGGCACGAGCCGCGUACUCUCCCUGUGAUACGGAGCGGUGCCGCGCAGGUGGCAGCACCAGUCUCUCCACUCCGCGGCAGGUGGCAGCACCGGACCGCCCGGCCUUCGCCACUAACCGCGGCUCUUCCCGCCGUGUGCCUCCGCCCGGGCUCCCGGCGGCCGACGGGACGGGAGCGGGACUCGCCCGGACUGAGCGUGUGCAGUGCGACCGCGGCCCCGCCGGACGGACGCCGGUCACGUGUCUGGCGCGUCGAGUGAUAAUGGCCCGAAGUGUGUACUCUUUCCCCACCGACUGCUGCGAACUGUGACCUCGAAUAAACACGAACC